AUGAAGUUUGAGUUUGAUCGGCUCAAGGAAACUCAAGUUAUUAAGUUAUUAAACCUCUGUUCGGACGACGCCGCCGACACCGCCACCGACGCCGCCGACACCGACGACGCCGACGACGCCGAAAUAGCAAUAGGCGACACAAAAAGGGGUCCGCCCCGGAUCCGCUCAUGCGCUAACCCCUGUAGAAAAAUAACGUGUGGAUUCGGUCAAGAAUGUAGUAUCAACAAGAAUGGCCUUGCAAAAUGUCAGUGUCCUUCACCUUGUGAGCUGGUCCUGCAACAAGUGUGUGGCUCUGAUGGCUACACAUAUGACAACGAGUGUGAUCUGAGGCGAGAGUCAUGUCUCCAGAAAAAGAAUGUUGUACUAUCUCAUCACGGGCCCUGUGGAAAAGGAGAGAUAUCGUGUCGAGGUUACACUUGUCAUAACGAUGCUAUUUGUCAGAUGAGGGGAGGACAACCCAUCUGUGAAUGUCCUGUCUGCUCUGAAGAAUUUGAACCAGUAUGUGGAACAGAUGGAAGGACGUACCCUAAUGAGUGUAAGCUCCGCCUCACGAACUGUGAUGAGCGGGCCGACAUACAGACCUGGCACCAAGGCCGAUGUAUCCAUCGGCGGAGGGUGGAUUGGCAAGGAGGGUGUGGCGACCAGGACCAGUGUGAGUUCUAUUCCGUUUGUGAUAAGAGCAACGACAACCCAACAUGUGUUUGCCCAAAGGCAUGUAAACAGAACCAGGAAGCCAAGCUAUGUGGAUCAGAUGGUAAAACUUACAGAAACGAGUGUGAACUUAUGUUGGAAUCGUGUAGACUGCAGCAAAACAUUAUAGUGGCUUCUAUAGGCGAGUGUGAACUAUGCAAGGGGACAACGUGUAAUUUUGGUGCAAGGUGUGAAAAUGGGACCUGUGUUUGCCCGCUUACAUGUCCUCGCACUCUAGAGCCUGUGUGUGCCAGUGACCGAAAAACUUACGAGAACGAAUGUAAAAUGAAGCGUGCAGCCUGUGUGCGUAAUGAGGAUUUGUAUGUGGUGGACACACGGCCAUGUGAUAUGGACAUCAACUCCUCAGGAGGAGGGUCAGGCGACACCCCUGAUGACAUGCCUGUCUGUGAUGAGAUACUGUGUAAAUAUGGUGGAGAAUGCCAGCUCAACGAGCAGGGGACCUAUGCGUGUAUCUGUAACUUCAACUGCCAAGCCAUCAGAUCCACAGUUUGUGGUUCCGAUGGACGUACAUAUGGAAAUCCUUGUCAGAUGCAGUACGAAGCUUGUAAGCAGCAAAAGGAGAUAACUCAAGUGUCAAUGGAUAAUUGUUUUGACUUCGAUGAAGAACCGUGUGAUGGAAAUCCUCCAUUAGUGGCCCCAUUGCACGAAGAGUACAAAUGUUCAACAUCAUUCAACAACUGCCCACCCAACAGUUAUUGCCAUGAACAAUUUGGCAAAUGCUGCCAGGAAGCUGAGUGUUCCUGUAAUGAACGUGGAUCGAUGAGCAUCACCUGUAACCCAGCAACACAUGAAUGUCGCUGUAAACCAGGAGUUGGAGGCAAGCAGUGUAACUACUGUCUCCCUGGGUACUGGGGCCUUGCACUAAACCAAGACAGUGUCGGCUGUGUCCCUUGUAACUGCCACACAUUGGGUCGACUUCGAGGUGAUUGUGAUCAGACAACAGGAAAGUGUUUUUGCCGACCAAACAUACAUGGCGCUAAGUGUGACCUUUGUCCAGAUGGUCGCCCAAUUGUUUCAAGAUAUGGAUGUCCAAGUCAUCCUAAUGUCUUACCUACCCCAAGGACAUGCCGGGACGUGCAGUGUGGGUUUGGAGGGACAUGUGUAGAAUUUGAUGACCGAGCCUACUGUGACUGCGAGUCUCUACCUUGCUUUGCUGAGGACUGGCCACGAUCAGUGACUGUAUGUGGUAGUGAUCUCAACACUUACCAGUCUGAGUGUGAGCUGAGACACGCAGCCUGUAUUCAACAGACCAAUAUCACUGUUGUCUUUACUGGAGAAUGUGUCACCCACGGAUAUAAAACAGGGAGAAGGACAACACCAAUACCUAUCAUGAAUGGUCACCCACGACGAACCCCCCACUACCGGGCCACCACUCCCACGCCACCACACGAACGGCCACGCAGUAGUUACAAAACAACAAGACACGCUGAGCAUGCCCCACCUGAAGCCAGCAGUGAGGUGACACAAACCACUGCGCGACCUGUCACCAACCCCCCUCCCCUUGUUGAAGGUAAAAUUUUGGACAUUUGCUUGGAUGACACCUACUGCAGUGUCCAAAACAGCCACUGUCAUCUGGGAAUUUGUACUUGUUGGAAGGGAUAUAUCUCUACCCUAGAUAAUACACACUGCUCAGAAGUGAAACAGGUCAAUCCAAACCAACCUCAUCUGCACGACCAAUCUGCAUGCUCCAUUAACCCAUGUCGCAACGAAGGCCAUUGUGUCCCUGACGAUCUCCUUGGUUAUCGAUGUUUGUGUCCACUUGGAAAAAAUGGUCCUAACUGUAAAAGAGACGCUGUUAUCCGGACCCCCUCGUUUACAGGGUUGUCCUAUAUGUCAGUGACAGAGAUAAAGAAGGCCAAUGACGACCUUACUAUUGAACUGAGCUUCCGUUCCCUGAAUACUGAUGGACUUCUCCUAUUCAGUAGUCAAUUUGUCAACGGCACUGGUGACUUUAUCGCCAUCACACUAAUUGACCAGUAUGUGGAGUUCAGAUUUGACCUCGGCAGUGGCAUUGCUAUUAUUAGAAGUGCAGCGAAAAUCCCUUUGAACCAGGAUUGUCAUGUGAUUGCCAGUCGUUUUGACCGAGAGGGAAUGCUGAUCAUCAAUUCUUCCCCAGGUGUUUCCCAGAUGAGCCCUGCCUCUCUUGUAUCCCUUGAUCUGAAGGGACCCCUCUACAUUGGCUACCUGCCUGGACAUGCCAGACUUGGACUGGAGCGAGCUGGUGUGCAUGUUGGAUUUGUUGGCUGUGUCAUGUCCCUCCAGGCAAGCACAUCUCAGCUAGCUAAACUGUAUGACCUGACCUAUCCACAGGUACACCAGGACAUCUACCAGGCCAGGGAUAUAGGUGAAUGUGGCCAGAAUCCCUGCUCCAGCCUUCCUUGUUUAUAUGGUGGGACAUGUCUCAUGUCUGACUCUGAAAUUUUUACCUGCCUAUGUGAGGAUGGCUACACAGGCAACAACUGUGAGAUCAUCAUGAACCCAUGUGUGAGUGCAGUCUGUCAGCAUGGUGCCACUUGUCGGCAGACACUUGGAGGCCCUGGUUACGAAUGUGUUUGUCCCGACAACCGUGAAGGAGAAUUCUGUGAAUAUGAAAAAUUACACAAGAUAUUUGUGCCAGAAUUUAAUGGUAGUUCCUACAUCCAGUUUCCUCUGGGCGAUGUAAGCAGUACUGCACUGUCACUUAAAGUCUGGUUCAUGACACGCAGACCUAACGGUGUAUUAAUGUAUGCCAGUCAGUUUUCUCAUGGACUUGGAGACUUUGUGUCAGUUAACAUCGUAGAGAGACACAUCGAGUUCCGCUUCAACAUGGGCAGUGGCACAGUCGUCAUCAGGAGUGACGAGAAGAUAGAACUUAAUAAAUGGCAUGAAGUUUAUGUCCAGAAAGUGGAUAGAGCUGGGACUCUAGUGAUUGACAGCAGUGAAGAGAGGCUAACUAUGGCAGAAUCUCAGGGUGGACUGACAGAGCUGAAUCUUCAGGAACGAAAUCUUUUCCUGGGCGGUUUCAAGAACAACAACACCAUUCCUGCUGACUCCAAUAUCCUUCAUAAUUUCACUGGUGUUAUACAACGGAUUUACAUAAAUGGUCGUCUGAUAGACAAUAUCAUGGAAGUAGCCAGAGAUGCUGUCAACAUCAAUGAAUACAUGGGUAACCCAUGUAACGUCAACCCCUGUCUCAAUGGAGGGGUCUGUGUGCCCAAACUGAACGCAGCUGACUGCAAGUGUCCCAUUAAAUACCUUGGCCAACGUUGUGAGAAACGUUCAGAUGCCAUAAACAAGGAUUUACCUGUGAAAUUUGAUGGACACACUUUUCUCCGAUAUCCAAAUGAAAUAUCACAUGAGGUUCCAGGUCAACGAACAAACAAAUACACAAUAAAGUUUCGUGUUGCACGGAGUGGUCUUCUCCUGUUUCAACAAGGUGCACUACCAGUACUGGAAGACUACUUUGCCAUAGCUGUAUUGGAUGGGAGAGUUCAGCUCAGCUACAAUCUUGGCAGACAGACUGAAAAUAACCUUCAUGUCAUAAGGUCAACGGUGCAAGUUGAUGAUGGGCUAUGGCACACUCUUGUUGCCAGCAGGGAUGAGAGACAGGCCACACUUCAAGUAGAUGAGGAACGACCUGUGAAGGGUAUGUCAUCAGAAGGGGCCUCCCAGCUUGACACUGAUGGCAACCUCUGGAUAGGGGGAAAAAGUAGCUUGGCCCAUGGACUGCCUAACCAGUAUUUUGAAGGAUUUAGGGGUUGCAUCGAAGAAGUUUACAUAAAUGACCGUAAACUCCAGAUGGUUGACCACAGGAGUGACCAAAGGUCACCUAUUGUCAGGUUCUGUGUAUGAUAAAAGAUUGUGGACAUUUGAUUAGUUUAUGCAUGCAAGUGGACUUAUAGACAAAAUCACUGUGCUGUACACAAAGGGAAUUCCCAAUGCUGAAAAACCAAAGUGUCACCAUGAUCAUUGUAUAUAAAAUCUUGCACACAACAUAAAGAUGAAGAGUUGAGUGUGUGUGUGUCAGUCUAUCUGGAGAGACCAUUCUUUCCUGCUUAUGACAGUCUCUCAAAACUUGUUGCCUGAUUUGAACAAUGACUUUGAUAUUGAUAUAGAGAUGUUACUGGACUACAGAUGAACCAACCUUAUAAAGAUAGGCCUCUUAUAUACUAGUGAGUUUACUUGGAAUUUCAAAAGAUGUAGUGCCAUAAAUUGCUGAUCUCUGUGGUCAGGUUGUGUGGAUGUGACUUGUGCCUAUCCCUAUGAAACUGACUCUUACAAAUUCAUUCUUACAUCCAUCCAUAAUUUCUCUAAUUUUGCAAGGAAUACAUUUUCACUUAAGGCUCCAACUAACAUUGACUGAGCUAUAUUCAUCAUUUUCACAUUCAUCUUAAAUGAUGGGUUUCCUGUGUCAUGCACAUGUUUUUUACAGGUGACAAACAUAAACAUUAUUAAGUGUUCUCAGUUUUCUGUUACCUUAGUGUAAGUCUGUGUCCUAUAUGGAAGUUAUUAUGAAGUGAUAUUUGAGAUGGGGGUUUACUGCAAUAAUGCGGUUCAUUUGCCUGAUGUAGCAUCACCUUUGAUGAGGUGUCAUCUAUCCAGGUACUAAUGAAAUAGUGUUUAUGCCAAGACAGAGAAAUGAAGCAUACUCAAAGUGUAGUGUUUGACAAUAAAACUGAAAAGUAUUUGUGAUAAUCAAGAUGUGAUGGCAAACAUAAGGGAAGAUGGCAUCUUACUGCCAUAGUUUUGUGUUGAUGAGGAUGCUGGAACGCCACCCACUUAACUCAGCCUACUGGUAAGAACGAACUGAUUGAGAAUCCUGGACUCUGAUAGGAUUGACACUACAACAUACUUGUCUGUUGUAAGCUGAAAGUGAAAGGUGAAUAGAACUAAUGGCCAAUUCACAGAGUUCAUGUCUGUCAAUAACAGUGUGUGAAUUAAACUUGAAAUUAAAAGUUUGUUGUAUACAUAUGCAUCGGUUUGCAGCAAAUUACCUAUCAACAGCUUGAUUGUCUGUACAGAUUAUACCAGUGUAUAUACAGGACACAAACAUUUGUACAUAUUAUAAUAAAGGAUCUAUAGGACUAA